AUGGCGAGCACUCCAGAUCCAAACGCAACGUCGUCGCCAAAAACCUCGCAGCCGUCCUCCAUCAAGUCUAUCGAGAAGCCCUCUUGGUCCCCCAACUUGGCCGCCCAAAAUGGCCAGCCCGCGCCCAAUGCAUCAUAUGAGCAGCUCUCCAACGCCGUCGAAAGGCCGUCGGUAAAGGACCGCCUCACGCGGAUGUUCUCGACCAAGGACUCUGCCCACCGUGCUGCCAUCGCCGACGCUGCAGCUCUGUCGCAACCCUCCCCGCCGCCGCCAAACUCGACGACCAUCAAGCCGCCUACUCCGCUGCGCACCCCGUCCACCAGCGACAAGGCCGCCGAGAAACCCGCGCCAACCUCUGGGAAGCCCAAGUCUGCGAAUGGCAAGGACUGGCAGGGCCUGCGCUUCGUGGUGAAUGCCGAUUUCCAGGGCGGUCAUGAGCACCAUCUCAAGUCGAGCCGUCGCCAGGAGAAGCUCUCUGACAUGAUCAAGAGCCUUCUCGGCAAGAAGACAGAGCAGGUUGCGGACAACGACCUUUCGCUGGUAUCUGGCUGGGUGGACACCCUUAAGCAGGAGAAGGACGGCUUUGCCUCGGACAGGAAGGGCGGCCCAGGCGCCUCAGCAUCGCUCAUAGAAAAGUAUGGCAAGUGCCACGAAGUUGUGGGCAGGGGCGCCUUCGGUAUCGUACGCAUUUCACACAAAAAGAUGGAGAACGGCGUGGGAGAGAAGCUGUUCGCCGUCAAGGAGUUUCGGCGCCGCCCCGAGGAGACGGAAAAGAAGUACAGCAAACGUCUGACGGCCGAGUUCUGCAUCUCCUCCUCCCUGAGACACCCCAACGUUAUCCAUACCCUAGAUCUGCUCAAGGACGCGAAGGGUGACUACUGCGAGGUCAUGGAAUUUUGUGCCGGCGGAGAUCUGUACACGCUGGUACUGUCGGCCGGAAAGCUUGAGGUUCAAGAGGCGGACUGUUUCUUCAAGCAGAUGAUGCGUGGCGUAGAAUAUAUGCACGAGAUGGGCGUCGCACACCGGGACCUGAAGCCCGAAAACCUGCUCCUGACAACAAAUGGCGGCCUCAAAAUCACCGACUUUGGCAAUGGCGAAUGCUUCCGCAUGGCGUGGGAGAACGAUGCACACAUGGUGUCGGGCCUCUGCGGAUCGGCUCCUUAUAUCGCCCCUGAAGAGUACAUCGACAAGGAGUUUGAUGCCCGUGCAGUCGACGUCUGGGCCUGCGGUGUCAUCUACAUGGCCAUGAGAACGGGCCGUCACCUGUGGCAUGUGGCGAGGAAAGACGAGGAUGAGUUCUAUGCACGCUAUCUUGAAGGCCGUCGGGAUGAGGAGGGGUACCAGCCCAUCGAAUCGUUACACCGGGCUCGCUGCAGAAACGUGAUAUACUCAAUCCUGGAUCCGAGCCCCUCGCGACGGAUUACAGCCUCGCAGGUUCUCAAAUCGGAGUGGGGACGUGAGAUAAAACUUUGCAAGGCCGGCGAAGAAGGCCUUUAA